AUGCCACGUAUUCCACUGGAGGUCGCGGAGCUCAUUAUAGACUAUCUCUGGGACGACUGGUUCUCACUUCACAACUGUGCCGAUGCAUACCACGCAUGGCUCCCGCGCGCCCAACAUCACCUCUUCGCGCAGAAGCACAUCGUAUCUCAGGGCCAAUUUGAGGCAUUCGUGCGUGCCUCGGACGACCCAUUCUCAAAAGAUGAUCUACACCUCGAUGCAGUGCGCACGCUUAACCUGAGUGGAUGGGUGAGCAGGACAGAGACAUCGAGUAAGGCUAGGACUGUGUGGAUGUACCAAGCACCACUCCGGCUUGGACGUAUGCUACCAGCCGUACAGACGCUCAACCUCUCGCUGCUGAACUGGAGUGGAAUCACCCCACCUCCCGACCACCUCGCUGUCGGCUUCGCCACGUUCCACAAUGUUGUUAAGCUGGAACUUACCUACUGCACGUUCCGUGAUGUCUUUCAGUUCCACAGCGUUGUCUCUGCCUUCCCCCGAUUGGAUAACUUGGCUCUGUGUGGGAUAGAGCCGUGGGCACGCGAAUCAUCACUUUCUAAGAAUCGGUCUACAUCUUCACAGCUCGAUGCUCGCAGGCGUCGUCCGUUACUCAUAACGUUAUCUAUUCGCGAUUACAAAGACGAUGUUCUGCUUCAGCUCGUCAACUGGUUUCUCUGUACUUUAUCUGUUCUAUCAUUGCGAAGACUAGAGUUACUAGUGCCAAGUAGGAGAGAAGUCGAAGAAUAUGCUCGCAAACUGAUUGAAGCCGUUGCACCCCAGCUCCAACAUCUGGAAUUACACGAUGAUGAUGCUCAACACUCUGCGGCGUAUCAUUCCAACGCUCGCUACACUCUGUUCCGGGAGGUUGUCCCUUAUUGCACCGCUCUGCGUACAAUCCAUCUACCCAGUCCGAGGUUUCGUUUUCGUCCCUUCCAUGACUUACACCUCAUCUUACCCACUUGUCGCAUCCAAACCCUGACGUUGGAGUUUCGGGGAAUGGACGCUCAGUGGGAUACUGCCCGCGAAGUGCUGGCUUUGGAACAGUUCUCGCAGUUGAAGGAAGUGAUCCUCAAGUUCUCUGACCAGACAUAUCCUGUCGACUACCGAGAUCAAUGGCGACCAGGCCUGAUCAAAUUCGUUGUGCAUCUGCGCCAGCGGGGUGUUCGGGUGGACCUGUGGGUCAACGAGCGGCCAGUAUUGCUCCGGGAUAUCUGA